AUGGCAGACCUCGAAGACAAGUCGGCCCCCCCUGCCACGCUCGCCAAGACAGACACCGCCGUCAACUCCAGAAACAGCGAACUAGGCCAAGUCGACAACGGGAUAAGCGACAAGGACCAAAUUCACGAUGGCAAAGCAAAAGACAGUAAAGGGAAGAAGCCCGGGUCGCUCCACUUCUUCUUCCGCGUGCACUGGUCUUACUCUACAUCGCUGGAUCACGCCCUCCGGCUCAUCGGCCUAAUUGCUGCUAUCGCCUCCGGUAUCCUACCUCCACUGAUGACAGUGGUGUUUGGCUCCUCUGUGAAUCAGUUCAAUGAUUAUGAAAAUGGCAGUAUUUCGGGACAGGACCUCUACCGCAACAUGUCCAAGAACGCCCUUUGGCUGCUCUAUCUCUUCAUCGGCCGCUUCUUUCUCGUCUACGUGCACUCCACGUGCUUCGGUCUUGUGGGCAUUCGUGUGACUAGGGCGUUUCGCGUCGACUUCAUCCGGUCGAUGAUCCGACAGGAUGUUUCCUUCAUCGACUCCUGUGCGCCUGGCACCGUCGCGUCCACCAUCUCAAACAGCGCUGACAUGGUGGAAAACGGCAGCACCGAGAAGGUCGGCAGCCUAAUCCAGAACAUGUCCAUGUUCGUUGCCGCUUUUGUAGUAGCCUUCACGCGGCAGUGGAAGCUUACCCUUGUCACGGCUACUUCGCUGCCCAUUCUCUUCAUCGGGUUCAAAAUCACUUUUGGCCUCGACGCCAAGAUUGAGGCAAAGAUCCUAGAGAUAUAUAACCGCGCCGGUGGCCUGGUUGAGGAGGCUCUGGGUUCAACCCGCAUCGUGACGGCUUACAAUGCCAGUGCGAAGCUGAGCCGCAAGUACGACGACUACCUGGCAGGGGCGCAGAAGCUUGGCUUCCGCAAGGGUCCCGUCAUCGGCGUCCAGUGGAGUGUGGAGUUCUUCACGAUCUACUGUGCGUACUCCCUUGCCUGGUUCUAUGGUGUAAAGCUGCUCAACAGCGGCGAGAUCGGGGGCGGUGGGCAAAUCAUCUCAGUGCUGCUCGCGGUCCUUUUGGGUACAAACGCUGCCUCCAACGUGGCCCCAGGGUUCGGUGACUUUGCCAAGGCUUCAGCUGCCGCUCAGGGCAUGUUUGAGGUGGUUGAUCACAAGUCCGAGAUCGAUCCCUUGGCCGACACCGGUGAGCGGCCUGACAAGUGUGAAGGCCUGGUCGAGCUACGCAACAUCAGCUUUGCCUAUCCGUCAAGGCCCUCUGUUCAAGUCUUGCGUGACGCCAGCCUAAUCUUUGAGGCUGGAAAGGUCACGGCAUUGGUGGGUGCGUCUGGUUCUGGAAAGAGUACGAUUGUUGCACUGGUCGAACGGUGGUUCAACCCAACUAGCGGAUCUAUCCACUUGGACGGCCAUGACAUUGCUGACCUUGACCUUCGAUGGUUGCGUGGGAGGAUCGGCCUUGUUCAGCAAGAACCAGUCCUUUUCAGCGACACGAUCUACAACAAUGUAGUCCAUGGACUAUACGGAACUCCCAAGAACGAUCUCCCCGAGCCCGAGAAGAGAGAACUUGUCCGACAAGCGUGCAUCCAGGCGUUUGCGGACGAGUUUAUUCAGGAGCUGCCGCAAAAGUAUGACACCAAGGUUGGAGAACGCGGCGCUUUGUUGAGUGGAGGGCAAAAGCAGCGUAUUGCCAUUGCCCGGAGUGUCAUCUCCAACCCGCAGAUCCUCCUGCUCGACGAAGCUACAUCAGCCCUGGAUCCUACGGCAGAGAGAAAAGUACAAGCUUCUCUUGACAAUGUCUCUAAGCAGCGGGCUACAAUCAUGAUUGCGCACAAACUUUCAACGGUCCAGAAGGCCGACAAGAUCGUUGUACUGAGCCGGGGCGAGGUUGUUGAGCAGGGUACCCAUCAGCAGCUACUUGAUCUAAGGGGGGCGUACCACGAGCUUGUCAAUGCUCAGACACUCCAUACAGGCGAGGCGGCAGCUGCACAAGCGGGUAUAGAGACAUACGAGCCCUCGGAAGUUCCAUACCGGGAAGAUAGCUCAGUCGACAGUGCAGAUGACAAACCGGUGGUCUUGUCGAAGUCUGCAAGCAGGCAAUCUUAUUCUGCCGCAGAACCAGUCGAGAUUGAACACGAAACCAAGGACGAAGACGCAGAUGUUUCUCGCAAGCUUUCCAUCGCGGAGUGCCUCAAAAUUAUCAUCUGGAAGGAGCACUGGCACAUCUGGCCAGUCUGGCUCUUUGGCAUCCUAUCCUCGGCAGCUGGUGGUGGCCUAUUCCCCGCGCAGGCAGUCCUUUUCGGAUCCAGUCUCCCGACUUUGCAGCUUCUUCCCGGCAACUACUUGGUAGAGCGCGGUAACUUUUGGGCAUUGAUGUACUUCGUUUUCAGCCUAGGUGUCUUUGUGUGCUACCUUGGCGUCGGGUUCUUCUGGACUAUAGCAUCGUUCCACACCACGCGCUUCUACCGCCGGGGAUAUUUCGACGCAAUGUUGCGGCAGGAUGUUUCUUUCUUUGACACCGCGGGCCACGGUGCGUCCGAGAUGACUAGCCGACUCUCCCUGCAUCCUCAGCGGCUUCAAAACUUGCUGUCCACCAACCUCGCUCUUAUUAUCGUCAUAUUUGUUGACAUAGUCUCGUGUUUUGUUCUGGCAGUCGCCAUGGGAUGGCGUCUGGGUCUGGUCGUCAUUGCAGGCGGCAUGCCGACACUUUUCGGUGCCGGUUUCUUCCGCCUGCGACUCGAAAUGGCCAACGAGGACCGCCUGACCCAGACGUACCUGGAAAGCGCUCGUUUUGCAUCCGAGGCUGUCGGCGCCAUUCGUACCGUCUCUAGCUUGACAUUGGAAGACAAGGUUCUUGUCGGAUUGGAAGUCCAAUUCGACCGCGGCAUACAGCCGACUGCGCAGGGGCUAAUUAGGGGCCCUAUUUCCGAUUAUCAUAGCCAGCCCAACCUACAGUUAGAACCUCCUUUUUACAACUACUACGCAGAUAUUUAUAUAGUUUAA